AGCAGGGGCGGGGCCGAGCGAGGGGCUGUGACCGGCUUCACUCUCCCGGUGCGGCUGCCCUUGCCAGCCAUGGCUCCGCGCUGCUGGCGCUGGUGGCACUGGUCGGCGUGGCCGUGGACCCAGCCGCCUCCCGCCAGGAGCUUCGCGAUUUUUGAGGGUUCAAAUGAAGUAAGAGUGCCUGCAAACUCCAAAACUUGGAGAAAAGAAAGUCGGGGAAUGCAGAAGAUGGUGGGAUUUGAGAAACUCCACUUUCUGUUCUCCACACAGGAGCAGAUCCCCCAGUUCUGUGUGGUGGGCAGUGGGCCAGCGGGCUUCUACACAGCCCAACAUCUGCUAAAGCACCAUCCCCGGGCCCGUGUGGACAUCUAUGAGAAGCAGCUUGUGCCCUUCGGCCUGGUGCGCUUUGGCGUGGCCCCUGACCACCCGGAGGUGAAGAAUGUCAUCAACACCUUCACCCAGACAGCCCGCUCUGACCGCUGUGCCUUCCUCGGCCAUGUGGUGGUGGGCAGGGACGUGACUGUGCGGGAACUGCAAGAGGCCUACCAUGCUGUGGUUCUGAGCUAUGGGGCAGAGGACCAUCAGGCCCUGGGGAUUCCUGGGGAGGAGCUGCCUGGUGUGCUCUCAGCCCGGGCCUUUGUGGGCUGGUACAAUGGGCUUCCUGAGAACCGGGAGCUGGCACCAGACCUGAGCCAUGACACAGCUGUGAUUCUGGGUCAGGGGAACGUAGCUCUGGACGUGGCCCGGAUCAUACUGACCCCCCCUGAACACCUGGAGAAAACGGACAUUACAGAGGCUGCCCUUGGGGUGCUGAGGCAGAGCCGGGUGAAGAUGGUGUGGAUAGUGGGCCGGCGAGGACCCCUGCAAGUGGCCUUCACUAUUAAGGAGCUUCGGGAGAUGAUUCAGUUACCAGGAACCCGGCCCAUUUUGGAUCCUGCGGAUUUCUUGGGCCUCCAGGACAGAAUCAAGGAUGCUCUGCGCCCGAGGAAGCGGCUGACGGAGCUGCUGCUUCAAACAGCCAUGGAGAAGCCAGGGCCUGAGGUGGCCGCCCACUGGGUACAGGCCUCCCGAGCCUGGGGCCUCCGCUUUUUCCGAAUCCCCCAGCAGGUGCUGUCCUCACCAGACGGGCAGCGGGUUGCAGGUAUCCGCCUGGCAGUCACCAGGCUAGAGGGUGCUGGUGAGACGGCCCGGGCAGUGCCCACUGGAGACGUAGAGGACCUUCCCUGUGGGCUGGUGCUGAGCAGCGUUGGGUAUAAGAGCCGCCCUAUUGACCCCAGCGUACCCUUUGACCCUAAACUUGGGGUCAUCCCCAAUGUGGAGGGCCGGGUUGUAGAUGUGCCAGGUCUCUACUGCAGUGGCUGGGUGAAGCGGGGGCCCACAGGUGUCAUCACCACCACCAUGGCUGAUAGCUUCCUCACAGGCCAGACCCUACUCCAGGAUCUGAAGUCUGGGCUGCUACCAUCUGGCCCCAGGCCUGGCUCUGCGGCCAUUGUCGCCCUGCUCAGCAGCCGAGGAAUCCGGCCUAUCUCUUUCUCAGACUGGGAGAAGCUGGAUGCUGAGGAGGUGUCUCGGGGCCAAGCCCUUGGGAAGUUGAGGGAGAAGAUUUUGGAUCCCCAGGAGAUGCUGCAGUUCCUGGGGCGCUGAGCCCAGAUUCCUGCGGGCUAGGGAGAAGUGUCCAAGGGAAAGGGUCCUGGGAGAGUCCUAGAGAACUGGCCAAAACUGCAUCCCCCACCUGCUCUGGCAUGAGGUCUUGGGUGCCUCUCUUUUCCAGGGGCCUCUGAACUUUCUCAGGCCAGAGAGGUACCCCUGCCAGUACAGGUUUAGAUCCCAGUAAGAAGACCUCAGUGAAGGGUGGGUGGAGGCGCACAGACCCACCCUCUUCCCUGUCGUUUCUCUCUUGCUGGCCUGUGGUGGGUCACCAGAUCCAGAACAUGCCAGAAAUAAAACAGCUGCGAUGGAG